UAUUAAAAAUAAAAUAAAAAGGGUUUUAAUAAAAGGUAGGCCCCGCAAAGGGAAAAUGAAUAGAAUUAGUCAAAGAAUUAUUUAUUGUAUUAUCCCAAGAAAAAAAGAAUUAAUUUGUCUUGUCCAAGUGGUAAUGUGGUACCCAUUUGGUAUGUGGUCGUACGUACCUCUACAUUCAUUCCAUCAAUUCUUACAUAAAUCAUAAGCGCACCUUCUUCAAUUUUGCAAUAAAAAAAGUUUUUCAAAUACAAACUCCACUGCUUCCUCCCAAAAUUUCCCACUUCAUCUGAGGAAGCUAUGGAGUGGGAAUGGGCGUUGGAAUUCUUGAAGGGGAUGAUAAAGCCGGCGGCGGCGCUGGCGGUGGUGGCGCUGGCGGUGGUGAUGUCAUACUUUCAGAAGCUGGGUUUGGAGGGAGAGAUGGUUUAUUCAAUUUUAAGGGCUUUUAUACAGCUUUCGAUCAUCGGCUUUGUCCUCGAGUUCAUUUUUAAUCAGAAGAAUGUUCUCUGGAUUAUUCUCGCUUAUCUUUUCAUGGUUACUAUUGCGGGUUAUACAGCAGGACAACGUGCGAAGCACGUGCCGAGGGGGAAGUAUGUGGCCGGAUUGUCGAUUCUCGCCGGAACAGCCGUCACCAUGUUUCUCCUCGUCGUACUACGUGUCUUCCCUUUCACUCCCCGGUACAUCAUCCCCGUCGCCGGAAUGAUGGUCGGCAACGCCAUGACCGUCACCGGCGUCACCAUGAAAAAACUCCGUGACGACAUCAAGAUGCAAAUCAAUCUGGUGGAAACAGCGCUAGCACUGGGGGCGACGCCACGUCAGGCGACUCUACAACAAGUGAAACGGGCGCUGGUGAUAGCACUAUCGCCGGUGCUGGACAAUGCAAAGACCGUUGGAUUAAUUUCACUCCCCGGAGCGAUGACGGGGAUGAUAAUGGGCGGCGCGUCGCCGCUGGAGGCCAUACAGUUACAGAUCGUCGUGAUGAAUAUGCUCGUCGGAGCUUCCACAGUUAGCAGCAUCAUUUCGACAUAUCUUUGUUGGCCUUACUUCUUCACCAAAGCUUACCAGUUGGAAACUAAGGUCUUCACUUUGGAUUAAUUAAUUAAAAGUUUAAUUAAUUGUCUAUAAGACAAAUUAAUUAGUUAUUGCAAUUUGCAACACAAAGUAGUGCGUGUUCUUGUUCAAUUGCCACUCGCCGAAUGACACGUGGAGAGUUUAAUUUAUUUUUGGACUUGAUUUAGCUAAUAAAAUAUUAUUGGCUAAAUUAGGCUUUAAAA